CCUUUUCCCAUAAUGCAGCGCAGCUCCUCCUUUCUUCUCUCGGAUCAACAUGGCGGGGCUGGAUGGUCCGUUAAACGUGCUGGGGCAGAGAAGCACCGGCGAGUCCGUGCGGACUCAAAACGUGAUGGCUGCGGCCUCCAUUGCCAACAUUGUGAAGAGCUCCCUGGGACCUGUAGGACUCGACAAGAUGUUGGUGGAUGAUAUCGGAGAUGUGACCAUCACGAACGACGGCGCCACCAUCCUGAAGCUGCUGGAGGUGGAACAUCCCGCCGCCAAAGUGCUGUGUGAACUCGCAGACCUGCAGGACAAAGAGGUCGGAGACGGGACAACAUCUGUGGUGAUCAUCGCUGCAGAGUUGCUGAAGAGUGCAGAUGAACUGGUGAAGCAGAAGAUCCACCCCACCUCCAUCAUCAGUGGAUACAGACUCGCUUGCAAGGAGGCAGUGCGCUACAUUAAUGAGAAUCUGACCAUCGGAACAGAUGAUUUGGGCCGUGAGUGUUUGGUUAAUUCUGCCAAGACCUCCAUGUCCUCCAAGAUCAUCGGAGUUGAUGCAGAUUUCUUUGCUAACAUGGUGGUGGACGCUGCCAUGGCGGUGAAGUUUGUGGACCCUAAAGGAGUGGCUCGUUACCCGAUCAACUCCGUGAACGUUCUGAAGGCUCACGGCCGCAGCCAGAAGGAGAGCAUCCUGGUGAACGGUUACGCCCUCAACUGCACUGUCGGCUCUCAAGGGAUGGUGAAGAGAGUACAAAAUGCCAAGAUUGCUUGUUUGGACUUCAGCCUACAGAAAACCAAGAUGAAGCUGGGAGUGCAGGUUGUCAUCAACGACCCGGAGAAACUCGACCAGAUCAGACAGAGAGAGUCGGACAUCACUAAGGAACGCAUCCAGAAGAUCUUGUCGGCAGGGGCAACUGUUGUCCUGACGACCGGUGGGAUUGAUGACAUGUGCCUCAAGUACUUUGUGGAUGCCGGAGCUAUGGCAGUGCGCCGUGUGCUGAAGAAAGACCUCAAACGCAUCGCCAAGGCAACUGGGGCCACCGUCUGCCCAUCUCUUUCCAACCUGGAGGGUGAAGAGUCUUUUGAGGCAGCCAUGUUGGGUCAGGCGGAGGAAGUCGUGCAGGAGAGGGUGUGUGACGACGAGCUCAUCCUCGUCAAGAAUACAAAGGCUCGCACAUCAGCCUCUAUAAUCCUGCGUGGAGCAAACGACUUCAUGUGUGAUGAGAUGGAGCGCUCACUGCAUGAUGCGCUGUGUGUGGUGAAAAGAGUGCUGGAGUCCAAAUCUGUGGUUCCAGGAGGGGGCGCUGUGGAGGCAGCUUUGUCCAUCUACCUGGAGAACUAUGCCACCAGCAUGGGUUCACGGGAACAGCUGGCAAUUGCAGAGUUUGCUCGUUCUUUGCUUGUUAUCCCCAAAACGUUGGCGGUGAACGCAGCACAGGAUUCCACAGAUCUGGUGGCCAAACUGAGAGCUUUUCACAACGAAGCACAGGUCAACCCCGAACGCAAAAACCUAAAGUGGAUCGGUUUGGAUCUGGUGAACGGAAAGCCGAGGGAUAACAAACAGGCGGGCGUGUACGAGCCCACGAUGGUCAAAACCAAGAGUCUGAAAUUCGCCACUGAAGCGGCCAUUACCAUCCUGCGUAUUGACGACCUCAUCAAACUCUUCCCUGAGGCUAAAGAGGGUGGGCCUUCGUACCAAGACGCUGUCCAGUCAGGCUCUCUAGAGCAGUAAAGCCUCAGCCAGUCCAUAUUUAUUGAGAUCCCAUGUUAUAGCGGUUAUAGCUUAGCCCAUGCACUUAGCUUGUGUUUGUUUUUUGCUACUGCAGCAACACGGCUUGCUGGUAAAUCACCUGUAAUGACCUGUAAUGACAUGUAAUUCACUGUUUCUGAUCUGUUUAGGAAAUAAACAGGAAGUGGUUGUGUACAACUGA